AUGUCGAUACAUAUACUCAUCCUCGACUAUUCAGGAUACUUUUGCGGUGGGGAUAACUCGACUAGGGGCGUUGUAUCAUUACCGGGAAGCCCAAGAGGAAUCAACACAUCCGUUCCCGUUGUUGGAUCUGCCGAAAGCUUAGUCACCAGGGUUCUAGCUGAGCAAGGCUUGGGUGCAUAUUGUGACGCAGACUUUGUAAGAAAUACAUCACGAGAGAUGCAAGAGGCAUUAGAAAUGACACAGGAACAAAUGGAUAGAGCUGCUCACCAACUCAUGGUUCAAGAAAAGAAUUUAAAGCUUCAAAACCAACAACCUCAAGUUGAUGAUAUUUGGGCUGUUACAGGGCGACAUUUUAGCUCCACGAUACCACCCUUUUCACCAACCAGCGACGAUGCCGCCACCACCUUACAAACGGUUAUAGCACCAACCCCCCAUGCGGACGCACCACGUGAUUCACAAAAUGGUGGAAAGGAACGCACACAAAAUGGCGCUCCAAAAACCGCCAAACGGCACUCACAUCACAGACGAAAAAGAAAAAGAAAACCUGUGUUGGUUUAG